UUUGACUUUCUCACUUUGUGUUUCAACAGUAACACACACAAGUCGGUGCAGUACCUUCGUCUCCCCUGUUUCACUCCUCCUUAAUACACAAACACACGAUUUUAUCCCAUUAGAUCCACUUACUGUGUCUACCACCCAAUUCAGAUCUUUAAGGUAAUUCACUUUCAAGUUAUUUACCUCAUCAUUAUAUCUAUAUCUGUGUCUAUAUCUGUAUCUAUAUAGCAUUAGGGAUUUAAGGGUUUUUUAUGAUAUUGUAAAAUAUGAAAGAACCCAAUUCAACAAUAACAGAUCCAAUAGGACAAAAUUUGAUAAAACUAAUAAGUAAUGUUUGUUUUUCUGUUUUUGUUUUUACCGUCCUUGUAAUUACUGUAAUUGCCAUAACUUACCAACCCCCUGAUCCAUGGGAAUCAUCUAGAGCCUUGACCCGGGUUUUUACUGAUGUUGAAAAUGCUACUUUUCAAAUCGAUACCUCGGUUUUCAAAACCGGGGAAGACGUUGGGAUGGUUGUGAUGAGUCCAGCUGAAGCCCCUAGUGCGGCUGAUGUCGAGAGAACUGAGUCGGAUAAUGACGGGGUUAUUGUGAAGACGGAAGGGGAAGGUGGGAAUGUGAGUUUGAGUUCAGGUAGUUGUGAUGAUUCUAGACCGGUGAAUUGUUCGGAUCGUGGGGUUUUGAUGGCGAUCAAGAAGUUUAACUUGAAGCAUUUUAAGUCGAUUGUGUUUUUGGAGUAUCAAGUGCCGGUGAAUGGGGUGAAUCCGAAUGAGUGUGAUGUGUCGUGGAGGUUUAGGAAUAGGAAAGAGAAGUCGUGGAGGAGGUAUAGAGAUUUUAGACGGUUUAAGAUUGGAUAUACGGAUAAUUGUGGUUAUAAGAUAGUGAAUGCAAAGGGAUGGCAUUCGGGUGUCAAUGCACGUCGUCCUAGGAAUAGGUUUAAUGGUACGAGAAGUGGUGAACGUGUUAGGUUUUCUCCGUCUUACCGUGAUGACGAGAUUAAUGAUACGAUCCCUGUAUUGGGUUCAGAUCAGGCUUUUAGAAACGGGAAGUAUUUGUAUUAUUCACGAGGAGGGGAUUAUUGUAAGAAUAUGAAUCAUUACAUUUGGAGCUUCUUGUGUGCUCUUGGAGAAGCCCAGUAUUUGAAUCGAACGUUUGUGAUGGAUUUGAGUGUUUGUUUGGCGUCAACUUAUACAUCAAGCAAAAAAGAUGAAGAAGGAAAGGACUUCAGAUUUUAUUUCGAUUUUGAGCAUUUGAAGGAGAAUGCUUCUAUAGUUGAAGAAGCAGAGUUCCUUAAAGAUUGGAAAAGAUGGGAGAAAAACCAUAAAAGGAAAAUUCCAGUGAGAAAAGUUCCAACGUAUAAGGUCACACCGAUGCAGCUAAAGAAAGAUAGAAGCACCAUAAUCUGGAGACAGUUUGAUACCCCCGAGCCAGAGAAUUAUUGGUACAGAGUUUGUGAAAGUAGAGCUGCAAACUACAUUCAGAGGCCUUGGCAUUUACUUUGGAAGUCAAAGAGACUAAUGAACAUAGUUUCUGAAAUCAGUGGACAAAUGGAUUGGGAUUUUGAUGCUGUUCAUGUUGUUCGAGGAGAAAAAGCACAAACUAAAGAGAUGUGGCCCCAUCUCGAUGAAGAUACAUCUCCCGACAACUUGGUUGCAAAGCUUCAAGGUAUUAUACCACAAUGGAGGAACCUGUAUGUAGCUACCAACGAACCAUUUUAUAAUUACUUUGACAGACUUAGAUCUCAUUACAAGGUUCAUUUGCUUGAUGAUUAUAAGGAGUUAUGGGGAAAUACAAGUGAAUGGUACAAUGAAACGACUGUUUUAAAUGGCAAACCGGUUGAGUUUGAUGGAUAUAUGCGAGUUGCAGUGGAUACGGAGGUGCUUUACAGGGCUAAGACACAAGUGGAGACAUUCUACAACUUGACUAGUGACUGCAAGGAUGGUAUAAAUACGUGUUGACCAGGAGGUUAUAACGAAACUGCAUUCAGUAUGAAGAAGAAAGAUGAAAGAACUUGGAAAAGCUAAAAGCAUCUUGUAAAUUUGUUUUGUUUGUUUGGUAUUUUUUAUUUCUUUGCUAAAUUUUGUAUACGGAGUAUUUUGGAUAUGGGCAGUUUCGUGUUGAUCUUUAGAUCUAUAAUAUGUUUUGACAUUUUUCCAUGUAAGAAUUGGUUAGGGGCUAGUAGACUUGAAGUUACUAAAUUAUCUUCAAUACUUGUAAACUCACAUUAUUUGAUAUAUGUUACUUAGAUUUUUAGUCA